UAGUUGAAAUUUGGACACACGAAACACACGUCGUUUUUGACAGUACGCCCCAUUCGAAAAUGAAAUUUCUGUGGUUCAUCACGUUCUUGCUUGCCCUCGUUGGCAUGAUUGCCGGCGAUGCCUGUCCGAAGGGAUUCAAAUCGGAGCACAACAAGUGCGUCACGCAACGCCCGGUCCACGGCGACUGCCCGAAGGGAUCGAGCUACAAUGCUAAGCUCAACUUGUGUGUGCACCACUAGAAAUAAAGCGAAAA